UGCUCUCUCCGAACCCCCCAGCCUCCAAUCACGGUUCCUCCGAGGUCCUCUCUCGGGUCCUUCUCCCGCGCUUCUCCGCUUUCACGCCGGGCAGCCGCGCCUUUUAUGGAAAGCCGCAGCCAAUGAGCGCUCUUCUUUCCUUAUGGUCGGCGGAGGGACCAAUCGUGGCGCGGCUGGUGUAAUCUUCGUCCGCUCGGCUCUCCUCGGCUCUUUUCGCUGUUGCUGCCUUCCCGGGGGCGGUCGCUUCGCUGCCAGAGACGCUUUCUUUUUUUUCCGGGUUCGGAGCCGUUCCGGAUGCUUUAGGUUGCCGGAUGUCUGAUCUUCGGAUAACUGAGGCGUUACUGUACAUGGAUUAUCUGAGAAUGUCUGAGUGUAUCCAGAUCUCAUUUGCUGUUUGUAGAAUUGGCAUUUACACGUGCUGGGCCAUUCACAAGGAAACCUUCUUGAAGCCCCACUACUCCAUCUUUUUUCCUUAUUUGGCUCAGGGCCAGUUUUCAAUGAUGUGUUUUAGAGCACUUUGCUGCAAGGGACCCCCUCCUCCACGACCAGAAUAUGAUUUAGUCUGCAUAGGCCUCUCGGGUGCUGGCAAAACCAGUAUGUUGUCGAAGCUAUGUGGUGAGAGCCCGGAGAAUGUCGUGUCUACAACAGGUUUUAGCAUAAAAGCAGUUCCAUUCCAGAACGCCAUCUUGAAUGUAAAAGAACUUGGAGGGGCUGAUAACAUUAGGAAAUACUGGAGUCGCUACUACCAAGGAUCUCAAGGGGUAAUAUUUGUAUUAGACAGUGCUGCUUCAGAAGAGGAACUAGAAACCUCUAGAAAAGAACUACAUUCAGCUCUUCAGCACCCACAGUUAUGUACUUUGCCAUUUUUAAUAUUGGCCAAUCAUCAAGACAAGCCAGCUGCUCGAUCAGUACAAGAGGUGAGUAAGUCAUGGAGUGGUGUGAUCUCUGAAGAGCCCAAAUCAAAGGUGACCCAAAGAACAAAAUAGAUCCAUGUUAGGCAGAAGCAGCAUGGUCCAGCAAUGACAGACUUCAUGAUGCAAAGCAUGAAAAACAAGAAGGGCAUUCAUUGAUUUUGAAUCAACAAAUGAAUCCAUUCUGCAUCAAACAUAAUGCUAGGGAUUUUGGUAAAAGAUAAACGUGAAAGUUUUCCAGCAGGGAGCUUAAUACAUAUUAAAGGAAACAGGAAGGCCAGUACCUAUCUUUUGUGGACAAGAACCAGAAUUGCCCAAAAGAGGAAAGAAUCUCAUGGGAGAAAAUUUACAAUGCUACUACUGGUAAAGAACAUUCCUCAGGGAAGAGAUUGAUCCAAGUGUUCAACUGAUUAACAAGAUAAUUAACAUGUUUUCAGACUCUAUAACUAUUCCUCUGGCAUUAAAUUUGACCAGUCAUCAAGACAUUUCCUCUUUCAUAUCUUACUUAGCAGUUUACAAUAUUCUUACAUACUAAUCAUAAGGCAUUAGUUGCCUUUUGACUUUGAAUUCGAUAAGGAAAGUGAUUGUGUCUCAUCUCAACUUUCUACCUUUCCCCAGAACCUGGCUAGAACACCAUAGGUGCUUAAUAAAUGCCUGUUAAAAGUAAUUAACCAAAACAUCAAAGUGCCCUCAUGCUCAUUUCAUGUCAUUUCUCUUCCUGGGCAUUGGUAUAUGUUCUGCCUGCCCUAGUUUUCCAUAAAUGUCACUCAUUUAAUCAAUAUUGUUCUGUUUAUUGAGUGUCUAGUGGGUCCUAAAUGCCUAUUAAAAAAAAAGAAGACUGAAUGUUCUUAAGGAAUUGGAGAGAUUCUAGGUCCUUUUUCUUUCACAAUUCUGGUUUAAACCCUAAAUGGCUCAAUCUCUUGUCUUCUGAGAGUUUUUCUUUAAACUGAAUUUUAAAAAAGCUACUUAUCCCCUGGCAAAUUAGUGUUCACAAGACCAGUGUGGGUGGUACUUCUAUUCCUUAUAGUGGAUACCUCCUUGGAGAGUGACCCCAUUGUUUUAUGGUCAAUUGCUGUUUUCUUUGGGUUAAAUACAGAUAUCUCUAGAUCUCUAAGAGCAAACAUGGCAAAACUCUGGCUUUACUUACAUUUAUUGUUAUUUUAUCAUCCCCAUUGUUGUAUUUGUGAACCACAUAUAUGCACGAUGUUUAUAAGAUAAAACCUCUUUAGUAGAAUCUUAAACUACUUAGACCAUAAACUUAAGGAAGGAGAGAAAGGAGAAUAAAUUGAAAUGAAGUUGCAAAAAAAAAAAAAAAAAAAAAGUAGCAGGAAACCUGAAUCAUUAGUCAUUUUUAGUAAUAGUUAUAUGUGAAAUUGAUAUGAUCUGUCAGCAAACUCAAUGGCAUUGUUCUUUGCCAUUUGUUUGUAUAAAAAUAACAAUAGCUAAUAAUUUAGAUAGCACCUAUUAUGUACCAUUCUAAUGUACACUUUCCAAAUAUUAUCUCAUUUGAUCCUUCCAGCAAACCUAGAUAAUAGAUGCUAUUAUUAUCAUCCCCCUUUUACAAUUGAAGAAGCUGAGGCAAACAGAGAUUAAGAGCUUUACACAAGACUAUACAGCUAAUAAAUGCCUGAGGGUAGAUAUGAACUAAGAUCUUUUUGAUUACAUACCCAACACCCUAUCCUCUUUCUAGCCACUUUCCUAAGCCACGUAGCAACAUGAACAGGCUUAUUGAUGGGGUGAUAAAUAGAAUUCAUUGUACAAGUACAUCCUACUUUCUAUGUCACAAAAGCUCUGUGUACAUUCAUUUAUUCUAUGUACUGCUUAUUAGUCAAAGAAAUACCAUUAUAUCUUUUGGGAAAUUAUUCCCCAAUAUAUAAUAAUUUUAUGUGCAUAAAUAUAUACUUCAGUUGAGAUCUUCCCAUAAUAGUUUUGCUUGGAGUGAAUUAACCUGGAAUGCCCUGUAGUUCUAGAGCAUAUGUAGAUUCUGUGAGAUAUUGUCCUGAACUGGAACACUCUAAUUAUUCUUAGAAUUCAUUGAUAUGUACUUUUCCUGUAGUGAAAUGGAUUUCAAAUAGCCCACCCAUGCCCCACCUAUGCUUACAAGUCAUGAUUCCAUUCAUGUUGGGAAUUUUCCUUCUUUUGUUAUUUAGUGGUGGCAAAUGGAACAUAGAAACUGUACAGGGCUUUAGAUCUCAUUUAUGAAUAGCUUUCUUUGGUCCUUUAUUGCUCUUAUGAUCUCAUUUAUAUCAAUUUUUUUUUUUUGUUCGAUUCCUUGUUUUUAAUGUGCUACUGUAAUCUGCUCAUGUCUUCCAUGCAUCCUAUCCUAUCUUUUCAGUGCUUUUCAGUUUAACUUCUGGGAUUAAUCCUACUACUUAUAGCCAUCUAUCACCAUUGGAAGACAUUGCUAUUAAAAAAAGAUGACCCUUAUUUCAUUGAAGCACUUAUUAAUUUAAAAAUAUUUAGAAAUAUAUGUAAUUUAUUUGUACCUUCUAAUACUAUUUGAUAAAAUUCUCUUGGGUUUUUUAUUAUUAUCCUAGUUGCUGAAGAUAUGCAUCCCUAUAUGUUGAUGGUAACCAUCUUCCCUUUUUUAUCUUUCUUUUCUAUUUUUCUUAACCUCUAACCUCAGUAUUUACUCUCUUGAAUUUUUUUUUUUUUGAAACAACUAUGAGCCUCUUUCCUCUAGUCAUAAAAAGAAAGUGAUAAACUUGUUUAUACUACUCUGCUUCCAAAGGAGUACAUAUCUCUUGGCAGGAGUGAAGUUAUUUUUAAAGCGUGUAGAUAAUUUUACAUUUAUUUGUUUGGGUUCUGCUAGGAAUACCUAAGAUUCUACACACCAUUUCAUAUUAUAUUCAGUUAUUUCCCUAAUUCCUUGUGUGUCAAGGAAAUCAGAUAAUUCUAGCUUAUUAUCCAAAUAAAAGGUAUUUACUACAAAGCUGUGGUUGUUUACUACUCAAUAUAUUAGAAUAAUACCCUUUGGCAUGUGCUCCUUGAUCUUGCAAUUUUGUAUUGUAGGAGUUUUUUUUUUUUUUUUAAAGUAGAAAAGUAUUGUAUAGUUCCUGUUGUCAUGGAAAUAGAGAAUGAUUAGCAAAAGCUUUGAUUAGGAUUUAUUUAAGGUAAUAUCAGGUAUCACAGUCUAGCUGCUCAGGGACUACACACAGAGCUGUCAUCAGUGAGGAGUAAAUAGCUCAGAUAUUCCUGCUCAUAUAAGAGGAAAAGAAAAAAAAUCAACAUGUAAGCCUAAAAAAUGCAAAGUCAGUUAUUUACCUUGUCUUAACUGUUAAGUUUUCUAUAAUAGUUGAACGUAGGGUUUGUUUGUUUUCAAUGUAACAUACUUUAGCAGAAUCUACCAAUGGCUCCUUUCUACAGCAUGAAAACAUAACCUAUUUUCCCCUUCCUGAAAUGUCCUUCACUUAACCCUAUCAUCCCUUCAAGCUGUUAUCCAAUAACUCUCCUCUCUUUGACACCUAUUCUCCUAGAAAAAAUCUUCUAUGCAAAUUCCUGUCAAGGUGGCUACCUAACAAUUGGUAGAUUCCCCAGAUCCCACACCCUAGCAAAACCCUAAAUUCAAAGCAGAUCAAAUAAUGAUUAACAAAUCUGAUGAGAAACUGUGUGUAGAUUCCCCCAAAGAAGAAUUGCAUGAUUCUAUAACAACUUUAAGCAGAGAUCCAAAAGGAAAACUUGAUUUUCCAUGUGGACCAUAUAAAUACGUUUUUAAAAAAUGAAGCAAGAGAUAUAAAAUGAAAUAAAACUUGAGGAAAUUGGCAGGGGAAUAACUUAGAAAGGAUAGUGGUAAACCUUACCCAUGAAAUGAAUUCCCUAAAAACUAUAAUAGAAGGAAUAGAAAUCAGUGACUCCAUGAAAAGGCAAAAAAAAAAAAAAAAUCAAAUUAAAGAUUGUAAAGAUUAGAAGAAAAUAAGAAAAAUAUAUUUGAUAUAAAAAAGCUGACGUGGAAAAUUAGUCAAAGGAGGAUACUCUUUGAGAAACAUGAUUAAAAACAAACAAACAAAAGCAUAGAAAUUAUUUUUCAAAAAUUGUAAAUGAAUAAUUCCCAGAGCUGUUAGAACCAGAGGACAGAUAGAAAGAAUAUACUAGUCAUUUCUAAAAGGAACCCCAAAAGAAAAAGUUCACUAGUAUAAUUCAUAGUCUCUCUCCUCCUCUCUCCCUCUCUUUUUCUCUCCCUUUCUCUCUUUUUAUCUCCUAUAUUUUUAUGAACUUCUCUCUGUCUCUCUAUAUGUAUACAAAUAUAUGUAUAUGUGUGUGCAAACAUCACGUGUGUGUGUGUGUGUGUGUGUGUGUGUGUGUGAGACAUCCAGGAAAAAAAGCAGUAAAGCAUUUUAAAGACUAACACUUAGGAUCACUCAAAACAUUGCAGAUUUUACUCUUUAUGAAAGGAAAUAUUGGAAUAUAAUAUUGCAAAAACCAAUAAGUAAGAUUACAACCAGGAAUAAUUUACCUGACAAAACUGAGUACAAAGGAAAAGAUACUGAAUUAUUAAGCUGAUUAGGAACCUUGAAAUAUUAACAAGAUGCCAGAGAAAUCUAUAAAGGUAAAUAUAUUUGAGUUAUUAGAAAUUAGAUAAUAAUAUAGUGCUAACAUUCUAAUAGAAGAAAAAAAGAAAUGUAUCUUCAGAACUUUGUUUUCAAAGAAUAUUGAAAAAAUAAUCUCUCUCUAAUACAAACCCUUCAGAAUAGAAGAAUUCCAGGUUUGGGAUAGGCUUUAUAGUAAAGGUAAAAGGAAUAUAGAAAGAAAUAAGGUAGAAAGGUUGGAACCUUCUAUUUCUUGAAGUUGGAGUGCAUUUUUAAAAGAGUAUAAAUAUGAAGAAUUCUCAUCUGAACUCUCUCAUAUGAAGUAGACAAAGGAUGCUUGAAUACACAUAAAUAGUUGUGAUGACUACGUAUUUUAAAAUCAGCCGGAGUCAGGAAUUCAGGUUAAGGGAAAAUCCUCGAUAUUUAUUCUUUGCAGAGGUAAAGGGGGAUCACGAUAGGAAGUGAGUAGUCGCGACACGAACCCAACCAGCCAUCUCUCUGCCUCUCUCUCUCUCCACCAAAAUCGUCUCUACAUCAUUUCCUAUACAACACAUCAAAACUUGUACAGAGAGUGGACGGGGCCAUUCUUUCUCCAAGUAUAAAUUAAUAGAGUUUCGUUCAAUUGCUAUUUAGCCUCAUGUGCUUGGGACCUCAGUGCAUCAACUUGAGCUUCAGCCCAUUACAAAUAGUUUAGAAUAGAAAUGCAUCAAACUCAAUGUGGAAAUAAUCUGAAAUAGGAAAGAGGUAUUAAGAGGGAGGAUAAUACUGGAUAGGAAACAGUUACAAGCCAAAUAAAACUUUCCUUUCCCAAAGAGAAAAUCAAAAAAGUAAAGAAAAACAUUAGAAUCUCGCAGGAUGCCUUGCUUUAGUUUGCCUCUUAAACAAUUGAAGAAUUAUUGAACAUCAUAAUAUAAAUGUAAAGAUACAUUUUUUUGCCUUAAGAAAUUAUUUAAAAGCAUUUUGGAGGAUAGAAUGAAUUGAAGAAUUAUUAAGUAAGCAGAACAGAAAAAAGAGUUAGUAGAAGAUCAUCAGUAUUGUAAAGAGAAACAAUUUUGAAAAACUCAAGAACUCUGAUUAAAAAAUUAACAAUUGUGUAUCCAGCCAAUCCAAGAGGAAGUAUAUUACCCAUUUCUUGACUUUGAGAUAAUGCACACAAGUAGAGAACACAUUUGUGCCUGUAGCCACUCUGUGGCUUGCUUUUUUUUACUUGAUUUGCUUUGUUAUAAGCAAAUAGCCUCCAUUUCUUUCCUUCUCAUUAAUUUUUCAGCCCCUUACAUUCAGGCUUUCAACCACAUCAUUCAACUGAAAAUGCUCUUUUCAAGGUAAUUAAAAUUAAUAUUUUCAAUCCAAUCUCUUUUUUUCCCUCAGACUUUGCCCUUCUUGACCUGUCCAUAGCAUUUGGCACUAUUAGCCUUCCUGUUUUCCUGAAAACUUUGUCUCUUCUGGAUGUUUCUCCCUUAUCAUCCCACAUCCAGAUAAGUACUAAGAAAAAUACUGAAUUACCAUCCAUAUCCCUGUAAGACAUUCCUAAAG